AUGAGGAUCGCCUGCCUUCAGUUUGCGCCGCAAGUCGGAGAUGUCGACAACAACUUGAAUCGCGCAGUUGGUCUUCCCCUCCUGGAGCAAUCCAUCGACUCUGAUUCUGUUUUGAGCAAAGCGGACCCGAAUGACCUGGAAGAUCUGGACUUGCUGGUUUUGCCAGAGCUGGCCUUCAGCGGUUAUGACUUCAAGUCCCUCCGCCAGAUAGCUCCAUUUCUUGAGCCCUCAGGAUCCGGCAUAAGCUCUUUGUGGGCUCGUACGACUGCGCUAAGAUAUAACACAACCGUUGUUGUUGGAUAUCCUGAGAAGGUGGACGUGACUCUGAGCUGGCCGACAUCCCCAGAAUAUUACAAUUCCGCUAUCAUCGUCGAUCAAGAUGGCCACACCAUCGGCAACUACCGAAAGUCAUCCCUUUACAGGACUGAUGAGACCUGGGCUUUGGAGGGAAGAGACGGUUUCUUUCAGGGGGAAAUCCCUGGACUGGGGCAGACUGCAAUGGGGAUCUGUAUGGAUCUGAAUCCGUAUAGAUUCGAAGCACCGUGGCACGCCUUUGAAUUCGCGUUUCAUAUUCUCAAUGUCCGGGCAAAUCUUGUCAUUCUCAGCAUGGCCUGGUCGACCCAUGAAGAUGCUCGCAUGUUCAGUCGUAUGCCUGCAGAACCCGACAUGGACACGUUGACGUACUGGGUCCAACGACUAGAACCGCUUAUACGGGCAGAGAACGACGAAGAGACUAUCGUCGUGUUUUGCAACCGUGCUGGCACAGAGGGCAAUGCUGUUUACGCUGGCACAAGCGCUGUCCUAUCCAUCAAACAAGGAGAGGUGGGGGUGUAUGGAAUCCUAGGGCGCGGCGUCAAAGAUCUAUUAGUAGUCGACACCAACGUCGCUCCAUUCGCGAAGCUUCUCCAUCGACCGGAUGGAGAGACCACCGACGCAGAGGUCAAUGUGAUGCCUGCUCAACACACCGCUCCAAGAUGGGUUGAGGAGCUCAGUGCCUACGCCCAACACUACGAGAAGAUCAGGAAAGCACAGGAUCCCAUCACCAAUUCAGAUACCCGAAUCGCUGUAUCAACGUCUCCCACCCGCUACUCACGCAACACCGAUAGAGGAGAGCCCAACAAUUGCAACACCAACAGCUCCAAGCCCCACGCCGUUCUCCCAGAGGCCGAGGGUGGAUAUGCCGACCAAAGAACAGGUCCAAACACCAUACCCUCGUCACGAACCAGCGCAAAGAUCUCGGAGAAAUACUUCUGGCUGCCACCUCAGCCAACCUUCAAAAGUCCCCUGGAAGCGAAUUAUCCAGUCCCACCUCCUGUCUCGCCCACCGUUCUGAGUUCGUUGAUCAGGUUACCGGGUGAAAACAGGAAUUCGAUGAAGACUCUUCCACACCCGGAACGGGCAUUCUCCCCGGAAGGAGACCAGUCCCGUUCGUCUGCAAUUGACGAGAAUAUUCCUCAGAAUCGCGUACCAGCUCAGACUCAGAACAAUACUAGCGGACGCAGUAAAGACGGCGCGGCCCCCGUGCGACCAUCGUCACCGAAAUCACGCAACGCAAGUAGGACCGGUCGUCCAAUCGCACGCAACGCUCCUGAAUCAGAACAGCCAGAUCUCUCUGACAUGAUUGACCGUUUGGAAGCAUUCGUUCGCCGGCCCGGGUCAGCCAUGGACGACCAUCAUGAGCACUCCCAGGAACCUCGCCAAGGCAGACCGCGCACCCCGAAGGAUCGCCCAGCAAGCCGCACGGGCAGACCUCACCUUGCCACUCAACUCAUCGACGACAGACUAGUGAGCGGCUCCCAAGGCACUCUCCCGCUCACAGCUAGUCCCAGUAUUUUCUCAGACACAACAGCUCGGUCAAAAUCAGAAGUCCCGGUGGGAAAUAGGAGCACUAGUCGCAAGACCGGUGAGCCUGGCACCAUCCGGCCAUGUCCUCGAGCGGGUACUCGGUCAAGAAAUAGAUCCAUCACUACAGCAGAUACGGGCCACUCGCGGUCGAGAUCUGGCAGCGCUACGCAACCCAGUGGUGAUCGUGUCGCAUACAUUGAGCCGGAUGAAACAAGGACGAUGGUCUGGUCCGAGCUCUCCAAGAUUGUUGGAGAAGUGCUUGACCGACCCGGCUCUCAAAAUGGAAGCCGAGGAAGACAGCGUGUCACCAGCCGCUCCAUAUCUGCGAGCCCAUCGGUGGCAGAUCGAGCCACCCGCUCUGAGAAUAGAGGCGUACACAGCGUCCCACACUCAGGCCGACGUGUUGUCUCCCAAGACCGACAUGGAGGCAUACGUAGUCAGCCACUGGGAUCAGCAGUGUCCCGCAACACGGCAGCUGGUGCCUCCACAGGGCCAAACAGUCCGUACAACCCAGAUGACGAGAUCGUUGCCGAGAUCAUCUUCCAUGACAGAGGCUGCCCCACCCACAGCCAGCGCCAGACCCCAGGCACAGGCAAUCCCACACCAAGCCAGGCCACCAACCCGGCCAGCCCGCCUUCCGCGACGCAGAGGAACAAUUCCCGUCAAGGCCAGGAGCGAAGAUCGCGCCCCAGCCAAAGGGGCGACAUGCCUCAACUUCCACGGAAAGCCUCCUUCCCGCAGAAACCCAGCGUCGGCCGACCACCCUCGCGCCAGUCCGCCCACGGCGAGAGGAGCACCUUCAGGGCGCCCGCGCCGCUGAAAACGAUGAGCCGCUUCAACUCGAACGCGUCGUGCCCCACGCUGGACGGGGCGUCCAUACACACGAUCACCUCGGCCGGUGGGUCACCCGCGACGCCGCCGUCCAGGCCGUUCGAGCCGACGACGCCGAAGGCUAUGAAGCUGGAUCCUGACUUUGGCACCAUCGUCACUUCUGUGUCCGACCCGACAGGGAGCGGCGAUUUCUCCCGCCUGAAGACUCUUCAGAAUGAGCUGAUCGGCAUUGGGCUGGAGAGGUCCAGGAGCGCAGUCUGGUAG